AAGCAAAUCUUCAUUGUUGUAUGUUGGUGGAGAAAAACAUGGACAUCCGCGUCAGAGUCAGGGGUUAGUGACUCCUACCCGAGUCGACGGUGAAUAUUCUGUAAGAACAUCAGGGAGGAUAGCCCGCUUGCAGACGUCUACCGACCACAUCGUCAGCGGCCAGGAUUGCUUCAUCGUUUUCUACUCAACUUGAAAUAUUUUCUAGGCGACGUACACUAGGCUAGCCGAGCGUGCAAGCCGGGGAUAGAGGGAAGCUAGGCAGUACUCACCACAUUGACCCACCACACGUUAGUGAGCAGGCAAGGAUGAGCCUAGCCGCCAUGAGUGAGUCAAGCAGCCUCCCUCCUGACGUCAGCACCCACGUGACACAAACCACCACCAUGCAGUCCCAGGUCGUGCACACCCCCUGGGUCAUGAGCCUCUUCAUCUUCCUCUACUCCCUCAUCUUCCUCCUCGGCCUCACCGGAAACUGCCUCGUGGCCUUCGUCGUCAUGCGCAACAAAACCAUGCAGACGAUCACAAACAUUUUCAUAACAAACCUGGCCAUUUCCGACAUCCUCAUGUGUCUACUGGCCGUUCCCUUCACCCCCAUUUCAUUUUUCCUCAACUCUUGGAUCUUCGGAAAAGCCUUGUGUCACAUCGUCCCUAUGAUACUCUGCAUCUCCGUCUACGUCUCCACCCUAACCUCCACCGCCAUCGCCGUCGACCGGUACUUUGUCAUCGUGUACCCCUUCAAACCCCGGAUGAAAGUCUACAUGUGUGUGCUGAUGAUCUUCGCCAUCUGGAUCAUCUCGAUCUCCAUCUCCCUACCCCUGGGGAUCUACCACGAGGUGGAGAAGGGGAACGACACGACACUGUACUCGUGCUCUGAGCAGUGGCCCAAGCCCCAGGCGCGACAGUUCUUCACGGUGACCAGUCUGGUGCUGCAGUACCUCGUGCCCUGUAGCAUCAUCUCCUUCUGCUACACCAUGGUGUCGCUGGCGCUGAAGAAGAGGUCGAAGGUCAAGAUUGGCAGCGGGGCCAGAACUAGGGAGAGGGAAGAGAUGGAGAUCAAGAGGAAGAAACGGACCAAUAAGAUGUUGAUUGCCAUGGUGGUCAUCUUCGUCUUGUGCUGGAUGCCUCUCAACAUGGUCCACCUAACCCGAGACGCCGACAGCACAGUCUUUGAGUGGCAGUACUUCACCCUCGUCUUUUUCAUCGCUCACGUCAUCGCCAUGAGCUCAACCAUCUACAACCCCUUCCUCUACGCUUGGAUGAACGACAACUUCAAGAAAGAGUUCCGGCAAGUUCUGCCGUGCCUGUUUUUCGGGCGCGGCAGCGGCGCCGGUGCCAGCAGCUACACACAGUACACCAACGUCGAGACCCAACAGCCCUCCGUCAUCAUCAACCGCUCGCCGAUCAAGAACGGCAGCGACAACACGGUGCUGAUGAAAGACGUGAAGGCGUAUUACGACACGGACUCGGAGAAGGUCCGGCUCAACGUGCUGCCUAACAACAGGGGGACUAACCCUAACCCGGCGCCUAACAACAGCGUCAAUAGCAACCACGUGACGCCAAUCCCCCUCGUGACCGGAAACUGUCUCGACAACAAACACCCAUCAAACGAGACGAAAAAAGUCGGUCCGACCACGGAGGAAACCGCAACAUGACCGAAAGGGGGCCUGCAAAUUUAUAACGAAAUUGUUGACGGUUACUAUUUUGGCCUUGACCUUGUUACUCGGCCUUGGACCAGACUGAUAGUCUCGAAGGGUCAAAGGUCGGCGUGAAACCUAUAGCCUCUAAGCUCAAAGAUAAAAAAGAAGAAAUCUCGCCUACAAACUAGCCAUUCAUUGGCUAAAAACUGAUGUGAUGACUCAGUCAUAUAAAUGUUCAAGUUUUUUCGCAAGAGAUCAAUUGAUAGUUGGUUACACUUACAUGAGGUGUAUUUCUGUUGUCGAGGGGUGUAUUUUCUGUUGUUGGGGGGUGUACUUUCUGUUGUCGUACCAUAUUUUUGUCUUCGUGUCUGGUUUAUGCAACCAAAAAAAAAGAAAAUAUGCUUUAUGAGAACAAAAUUCAUUUCUUAUUAUAUAGAAUUGUAUGUAUAUUUAAAUAUGUGUAAAAUACAUAUAUAAU